AGUCCUGGUAACCACAUCAUAACAGUAGGUGGCAGUCUUAUUUCUGCUUAUCCUGUUUGGGUUGUUGAUUAUUGGCUGAUCCGGCUUCCGUCGAUAUUCGGCGCUUUGUGAUAGCCAUGUCGACCGAUGCCUUAAAGAAGAGAAAGUCGAAGGUUCUCCGCGGUGAAGGAGGGACCCCAGAGACGAAGCGAGGCCGGGGGGAGGUGGACCAGGACGUUCGUGUCUAUAAUGAGGAGGGGGAGCUGGACGGCAGGGACCCCGAGCAGGACUACCUGCAGUACAAAGAGUCCUGUGACAGCUUGGCUGCAGUCAUGAGUGAGAUCCAGGAGCUGAAAGCCAACGGCACCAAAGAGGGGAGUGCCGAGGUGGAGCUGAGACGCAUGCAGGGCUGCAUCCACUUCAUGAACCUGAAAAAACUCAACCGUUUGGCUCACAUGCGUCUAAAAAGAGGGCGAGACCAAACCCACGAGGCAAAGCAGAAGGUCGACGUGCUUCAUCUUCAGCUACAGAACCUCCUCUACGAGGUCAUGCAUCUUCAGAAGGAGAUCAGCAAGUGUCUCGAAUUCAAAUCCAAGCAUGAAGAAAUUGACCUGGUGAGCGAAGAGGAGUUCUUCCAGGACGCUCCGCCGGAGAUUUCCAGGCCCAGUCUGACCAAAAAUGACCCCCACCAGCUGACACUGGCAAGACUGGACUGGGAGCUGGAACAGAGGAAGAGGUUGGCGGAGAAAUACGAGGAGUCACAGUCCACAAAGGAGAAAAUUCAGAAGACCAUAGAGGUGAAGAAGGAGCAUCUGAGAAGCCUUCAGCCUGGACUGAAUGCCAUCAUGCAGGCGUCUCUGCCGGUGCAGGACUACCUGUCCAUGCCGUUCGAAAAGACCCAGAAGCAGGCAGAGAUUGCCCGUCACCUUCCUCCUCCACUCUACGUGCUGUUUGUUCAAGCAAAUGCUUACGGCCAAGCCUGUGACAAGAACCUGAGUGUGUCGAUCUGCGGUGACGUGGACGAGGCCAGGGCCCUUUCUAAGCCUCCUGAUGAUUCUCAAGAUGAUGAGAGUGAUUCAGAUGCAGAAGAGGAGCAGGAGAAAACGAAGAGAAGGAGGCCGACAACAGGCGGACAGCUGGACGACAAAAGACGAGAGAUGCUAAAAAGACACCCUCUGUCUCUCAGCUUGGACCUUCAGUGUAAAGAUGGCAGCACGCUGCAUCUCUACUUCUUCUACCUGAUGAAUCUGAAUAUUUUGACUGUGAAGACAAGAGUCUCUACCACCACAGACCUCAACGCGGCCAUCAGCGCUGGAGAGCUUCUUAAAUCAGAAACUCUCCUGAGCUGUCUCUACACGAGGGACCAAGGAAGAGAAACUCCCAAUCCAGCCAAUCGCUACCAGUUUGACAAAGUCGGGAUUGUUUCCUUUGCUGACUAUGUGGAGGAGCUGGGAUAUCCCUACAUGUGGGUCCAGAAUCUGGGAGGACUUCAUUUCCCCACUGAAUCAUCAGAGGGCGUUCUGGUGGGCAGUUCUCUGAGCGCCAGCCACAUGGAGACCACCAUGAAGCUGCUGAGGGGCCGAGUCCUGUCCCGCUUGGCUCUGCACAAACAGUUUGCUUCUUUAGAGCACAACAUCAUUCCAAUCUCCGCCGAGUGUCAGCACCUGUUUCCUGCCAAGAUCAUCUCCCAUCUGGCUCGGUGGACCACCAUCAGUCAGCAGGAGUACUUGGAACUGCCCUAUACUCAUCAUGUAACUGAAGCUGGACUGGCCAGAGAGACAGACCUGUACUUUAUGGGAGUCGUCGAAAGAGGAACAGCGCGUCUUCACGCCGCUGUGGUCCUGAGUCCCCGCUACCCAGAGAUCUCUCCUCUGUUCUCCCUGUCCCUCAACUGGAAGGGAGAGUGCAGCGGGCGCAGUGACGACAACCUGAGAGCCGUGGAGAGUGAAGUGAAUGUGUUCAAAAACGAGCUUCAGGGCCCAAAGCCUGGCCAUCAGCUUCUGACCAAUCAGAUCGCACGCCUGUGCGUCUGCUUAGACGUGUAUUUGGAGACAGAAGUGCAAGAUGACAGUGUGGAGGGACCUCGGGAAUUCCCACGAGAAAAAAUGUGUCUGCGUACUGUCAGGGGUCCAAACCGCCUGAAGCCAUUCAAGUACAACCACCCUCAGGGCUUCUUCAGUCACCGUUAGACCUGCGUCCUUAUUUGUCCUUCUGAAAUCGUGUUUGUACCUCCUAGCAACCCAAAGUCCCGUUUUAAAGAUUUUUCAAAUAAAACUUUUCCUUGUCAUCUUUAA